AUGGCUUACGACGCUAGAUCCAGUGAAACAUCCGCGGAAGACGCGGCAAGAAAAGCAUACAUCCUGCCCCAUAAUCGACAAGAAAUUGAGCGAAUGAAGAAUCAGCAUGAAUGGAUAAAGGGCUCCUUUGGUGGCUUAAUUAAAGCUCCAGUUGACUAUGAACGAAAGAAUCAGAAGAUUUUAGAUUCGGCAACUGCUGAUGGUACUUGGCUAUGCGACGUUAGCUCAUUGUUUCCACCUGAGACGGAGUUUGUCGGAUUCGAUAUUGCACCUGAAUUAUACCCGCCAUCGGAGAGUCUUCCAUCCAAUGUCAACUUAACCCUCGGCGAUCUAUCACAAGAACUCCCUUCCCAGUGGACUAUGUAUUUCGACCUUGUCCAUCAACGAUUUAUCUUCCCAAGUUUCUCAGUCGCCGCUAUCGAGAAAUCUGUCGAAAGAUUAGCCAAAUGUGUUAAGCCUGGAGGCUGGAUCCAGUUUGUUGAACCGGCAGCAAAUGAGAAUGUCUCAGGUCCAGGCCCUUCAGCCUUCGCAACGUUGCAUCAAAUUGCCGAUUUAUUCAUGCAAUGUCCAAAUCCUAAAGAAAUCAUACUGUCACAACUCGAAAAAAUCGGAUUUGUUAAUAUCAAUGUCCAAACAUUGGAUAUCGUUAUUGGAAAAUUCCAAGAUCAUCGCGAGUUGGACAUCCGUGGGCGAAAAAGCAUGCGCGCAGCCUUUAAUAACAUGUACCCGAACACUAGCCCUGAAACCCUGAGUAUGUCUACAAAGGAUUGGGAAGAUUUACCUACCCGAUUUAAUGAAGAUUUGGAGACUUAUCGUACUGCCAUCAGACACCACAUUAUUUGGGCCCAGCGACCGGAGUAG